AUGCGUCCUGACAGGUGCCCUGCGUUGGCUGGGAGCCCGGACGCCUGGGUUCUCUUCUGGCAUGGGCUGCUCGUGGGGAGCCUGGAGUACAACCAGCCGGCUGACAACUACACCGUGUGUCAAGGGGACAACGCCACGCUGAGGAAGGGACUACCAGCUCGGAUCACGAAUAUCUCGUCGGCUGUAACAGUGAACGAAGGGAGCAACGUGAAUUUGCUGUGCAUGGCCACGGGCAAACCAGAACCCACCGUCACCUGGCGGCAGCUGAGAGUACCAGCUCGGAUCACGAAUAUCUCGUCGGCUGUAACAGUGAACGAAGGGAGCAACGUGAAUUUGCUGUGCAUGGCCACGGGCAAACCAGAACCCACCGUCACCUGGCGGCAGCUGAGAGACGGCUUCACCAGCGAAGGGGAAUAUCUGGAAAUCACUGAGAUCAACAGGCAGCAGGCCGGGGAGUAUGAGUGUAUCACGGCCAACGGCGUCUCCAUGGCCGACACCAAGAGAGUCCUGAUCACCGUCAACUACCCUCCCACCAUCAAGGACGUGAAGGACGCCUAUCCCCCCAUGGGCAAGCCGGCGCUGCUGAGAUGUGAGGCGAUGGCUGUGCCCGCCGCCGAGUUCGAGUGGUUCAAGGAUGAGAAGCACAGACUCUUCGGGGGCCUCGAGGGGCUGCGGAUCCGGAACGAGCGCACGCGCUCCAUGCUGCUCAUCGACAACGUCACUGCUCGGCAUUAUGGGAACUACACCUGCUUGGCCUCCAACAAGCUGGGAGCCUCCAACGCCAGCCUGCGACUGAUACGGCCUGGCUCUCUGGAGAACAUAGCCGUGACGGGCAUGGAGUCCCCCUUGUUCCUGGGCUUGCUGUCGUCUGCCUUCGUGACUCUCUUGUUUAAGAUCUAGCGCGUCCGGCAGGCGGAAGGCGCGGCAGCUGGAGCAGGAAGGGAGCGCGCGGAGAGAGCGAGACCUUCUCCUUUCCAGGCAAGACCAAGAGAGAAAACAAAGAAACAAAUCGUAUCGAGAACCCCAGCACUGUGAGGGAACCAUGAAAAAGAAAAAAAAACGACAAAAAAAAAUAUGCAUUUCUUUCUACAGCCAUUUUCCGUCACUUCCCAUCCCAGACACUUCCAGCUGAACUUGUUCUACCAGGACAAACAAACUGACCUACAGAGACACAGGGCUUUAAAGGGUUAACGGCCGGCACAGCUGGGCCCCAUGGAGGCCCCCGAGAUAGGCCUCGGGGUGAGGAGUUGUUCCCCUUCUAGGAGACUUUGGGGUUCUCAGCUGGUGCGAGAGGCGAGACCCCCGGCGUUCGGAAACGGUGGGAGCGGCGCAUCCCCAGCGCGCACAGUUUUUGAGAGGGGCGUUUUCCCUGAUUUGGGGCUGAAAAGUUUCUCAGUGAAAGUUUUUUGCGCUGCGAUCGACCCAGAUUUACACAGGUUCUGGACUCUGAAUUCCUGCCGGCUUUCAGGGCUGAGAAUUGUCUUCGCUCACCUUGCAGGGCCGAGAAUUCCCUUGUUUACACAGGUUGGAGGCUGAAAAUGUCCUUCCUUGGCAAAGCUUUGGGGCUGAAAAUGACCCUUGUUUACACAAGCAUGAGGCUGUGAAUGUUCUUAGUUCACAAUCUCCUGGAGGCUGAGAAUUCCCUUGUUUACAGAGGUUUGACGCUAGAGAUGUCCUUCGGUCACAAAGUUUUUUGUGGGCUGAGAAUGAUCCGAAUUGAGACUGGAUUUGGUCUUCGUGGGGAGAAUGUCAUAAGGAUUUGACUCUGAAUUUCUCUAGUUUACGCAGGUUUCAGCUGUGGACUCUCUUAGUCUGCUGGGGGUUAAAACUACCCCAGUUCUCGAGUGCAGAUUUAUUUAGCUCAUAAAGUUUUCUGGGGCG